AUGGAGGAACAGAACAACAGGGCGCAUAGGCCGUCUAAAGAAAAGAAAAAGACGAAGCAUGUAGGAGACAAAAACCCCAAAGCUUUUGCCUAUGCGAAUCCAGGAAGAUUGGCCAAAUCUGCUGCUCGAUCGCACGAUCUCAAAGAGAAACGCCUCCAUGUCCCUCAAAUUGAUCGAAUUCCCGAAGAACCACCUCCACGACUCGUCGCAAUUGUUGGACCUCCCGGAGUAGGAAAGACAACCCUCCUCAAAUCCCUCGUCAAAAGAUACGCAAAAGAGACUCUCUCGGAUCCCCAGGGCCCAAUAACAGUAGUGACAUCGAAACGACAACGGCUUACAUUCAUAGAAUGUCCGAACGAACUCGAAGCAAUGGUGGACAUGUCCAAAGUGGCAGACAUAGUGUUGCUGAUGAUCGACGGAAAUUUCGGCUUCGAGAUGGAAACAAUGGAGUUCUUGAACAUUUUGGCUUCAAGUGGUAUGCCAGGAAACGUCUUUGGAAUUCUCACGCAUCUAGAUCUAUUCCGGAAACCACAAACUUUGAAGGAUGCGAAGAAGCGGCUGAAGAACAGAUUCUGGAGCGAAUUAUACCAGGGCGCACAUCUCUUUUACCUAUCUGGAGUCAUCAAUGGCCGAUACCCUGAUCGCGAGAUCCAUAAUUUGUCGAGAUUUAUUUCUGUCAUGAAGAACCCGAGACCUUUGAUCUGGAGGAACUCGCAUCCAUAUGCCGUUAUCGAUAGUUUCCGAGAUGUCACCCAUCCCACGAAAAUCGAGGAAGAUGCGAAAUGCGAUCGGACGGUAGUGCUUUCGGGGUACUUGCGCGGCACGAACUUUUCUGCGCAAGGUCAAAGGGUACACAUUCCAGGGUUGGGAGAUUACACGAUUUCUUCGAUGGAAGCCCUGCCAGAUCCAUGUCCUACGCCGUACAUGGACCGAGAGAUGGCCAAGAUUACUGGGAAGACUGGGAGAAGGCGACUGGAUGAGAAGGAGAAGAAGUUACAUGCUCCAAUGUCCGACAAGAGCGGAUUGAAGAUUGACGGAGAUACGAUAUACAUCACGAGAGAGAAGGGUUUCAGUUUCAACCCGGAAGAUGAUGAAGAGGAUCGUGGUCAGGGUGAAGAGUUGAUGGUUCGUCUACAGAACGAGAGGAGGACCCUUGGGCAGACUGAUGAUGGAUUGCAACUAUUUGGUGGUGGAUCAGCAAUCACUGAGGUGGAUGAAGGUACGGGCAGGAAAGAGCAAAGAUCGGCCAGGUUCGUUGACCGAGAUGAAGAGUCGGAAGACGAAAAUGUGGACGAUGAAGGAUUUGUCAGUGGGGAAGAGCUUGAUUCUGGAGAUGAGGCGGAAAUCACAGAAGACAAGAUGGGCAAGGCAUUCCGAAAACCAGCAGACAAAACAGAGGGAGAAAUUGCUUUUGCGGACAGUGACUCGGAUCUGGGAUCGAUAUCUGGCGAUGAGGAGGUUGAUAGCGAUGACGAGGAAGACGAGGAGGAUGACGAAGAAUCUGAUGAGGAAGGAGCUUUGAGGUGGAAGGGGAACAUGCUACAGACAGCUUUGACUCUCAGCGGAAAGAAGAAAGCGUUCCGUACAUCGGACCUUGCCAAAUUCAUGUACAACGAGACAUUUACGCCGGAAGAGGUUCUGAACAAGUGGCGUGGAGAAGUUGAAGAAGAGGAAGAUAUCGAAGAGGAUUCAGAUGAAGAGACGUUCUUCAAGAAAUCUGGCAAGGAGAACCUGGACGAAAAACUUGAAGACCGAGCGAUUCCUAUUUUGGAUUAUGAUGAACUCGAGCUGAAAUGGACUACGGGAGAUGCCGUGGAAACAUUGAGACGUAGAUUUGCAACCGCGGAUCUUCUAAGCGAGCAGAAAGGAGACGAGAGUGGUAGUGACGACGGCGAUGGGGAGGAUUCAGAUGAUGAAGGCGACGGAGAGUUCCAAGAUCUGGAGGCAGAAGAAGAAGAGAAGCCGGAUGACCUUGAAGCAGAACGGGAGAAGAAUGCUAAGAGGAAAGAAGAACUGAAACUACGGUUCGAGGAGGAAGAUCGUGAAGGCUUCAAUAAUGACAAAGCUGUUGCCCGGCGAGAAGGAGGAGAGGAUGAGGUGUUUGGAGAGGACGACUGGUAUGAUGCACAAAAAUCUCAGAUCCAGAAACAGCUGGAUAUCAACAAAUCCGAGUUCGAGCUCCUGGACGAAACUCAGCGUGUCAAUGUUGAAGGAUUCCGUGCAGGCAUGUAUGCAAAGAUUGUCUUGGAGAAUGUUGCGUCGGAAUUCGUUACCAGAUUCAAUGCACGGAUGCCGAUUAUCGUUGGAGGCCUUUCAGCAACGGAAGAUCGAUACGGUUUCGUUCAGGUCAGAAUCAAGCGUCAUAGAUGGCACAAGAAGAUUCUAAAGACCAAUGAUCCCUUGAUCUUCUCCAUGGGCUGGAGGAGAUUCCAAACCAUGCCGGUAUACAGCAUAUCCGACUCUCGAGUACGGAAUCGUAUGCUGAAGUACACUCCUGAGCACAUGCAUUGUUUUGGAACCUUCUAUGGACCUUUAAUUGCCCCGAACACUGGAUUCUCUUGCUACCAAACAUUCUCGUCGAAGAAUCCUGGGUUCAGAAUCGCUGCAACCGGAACUGUCCUCAAUGUGGAUGAAGCAACAGAGAUUGUCAAAAAACUCAAAUUGACCGGAACGCCAUACAAGAUCUUCAAGAAUACCGCCUUCAUAAAAGACAUGUUCACCACCGCCGUAGAAAUCGCCAAAUUCGAAGGCGCCUCCAUCAAAACCGUUUCUGGAAUCCGAGGCCAAAUCAAGAAAGCCCUCAGUAAACCAGAAGGCCACUUCCGAGCCACUUUCGAAGACAAGAUCCUCAUGAGCGACAUCGUCUUCCUCCGAGCCUGGUACCCCAUCAAACCCCACCGCUUCUACAACCCCGUCACCAACCUCAUCGGCUGGGAAGGCAUGCGCUUGACGGGCGAAGUCCGCCGCGACCAAAACAUCCCCACACCCCAACAAAAGAACAGCACAUACAAACCCGUCGAGCGCGCAACACGACACUUCAACCCCCUCCGUGUGCCUCGCGCCCUAGCAGCUGAACUCCCCUUCAAAUCUCAGAUCGUCCAAACCAAGAAACAAGGCAAGGAAACCUACAUGCAGAAACGUGCUGUGGUAGUUGGAGGCGAGGAGAAGAAAGCUAGAGAUCUGAUGCAGAAGAUCAUGACGCUGAGGAAUGAGAAGGAUGCCAAGAGGCGCGCGGCGAAGGAGGAGAAGAGAAAGGUGUAUAGGAAGAAGGUCGAGGAGAAUCAGGAGAAGAGGAAUGAGAGGGAGAAGGCUGAGACGAAGGAUUAUUGGAAGAAGGAGGGGAAGAAGAGGAGGGCGGAUACGGAUGGUGCGGGUGGUGGGGGUGGAAAGAGGAGAAGGUGA